AUGUAUCGGCUGGUGGUGUUGAUUCGAGUGUGUUUGCUCAUUACCGUCUGCGCUUACGGGGAUGAGCCGAGGCGGUCGGGCCCCGCGGCUGGCACUCUAAGCUCUGUGGGUAACGUGGAACAUUCGCCGCCCAUCUUUCGCCCUGGCUCCCAAGCCUACGUGGUGUCCCAGUUCAUAAAGCCGAAGCCGCCGCACCAGUACUGGGAGGAGGAGACGUCGCUCGCCCUGGUGCCCGAAACGCGCAAUUGUCUCCUAUGCGAGGCGCAGGAUUCGGGGGCCUGUAGGUCGAUGCCCUCAUGCGUUUACUGCGAGCCUACGGUCACGGCACUCUGCGAGAGGAGCACCCCCUGUUUGCGGUGCACUGUGAUCAAGAAUCCGUUCUUCAAAUGCAUCCCUGGCGAGAAGUACAUGGAUGAGUGCGACUCCUGCCGUUGCACAGAUGGCCACGGGGGCUGGUGCACAAACCAGUUCUGCGAGUUCCGCGCCUUGCACCUUUACGCGAUAAAGUUGUCAGACGGCGAGUUCUAC